AAUGAGGGCUUAUUUAAAUGAUCUCUGAGGUCUUGGACCCAGGCCAAUCAGCUGUCAGGGCUCAUGAUAAAUCGCAAUGCAUUAUUGAUAAUAAUAAUUACUGGGACAUGCGCGUUCUGGCCGAAGGGGGGUAAAUUUCCUAACUCCAGGAAUUUGUGGCGGAGUGGGCAAAUUACCGCGGCUCUCCAGGCGGCCCGAUGCUCGCACCAUGUCGAGGCGCAAGCAGGCGAAACCCCAGCACAUCAACUCCGAGGAGGACCAGGGCGAGCAGCUGCCGCAGCGGCCGGCCGCGGAGUUUGCGGAUGCGGCCCCAGCGGCGCCGGCGACGGGGGAGCCCGGUGCUCCAAUGAACCACCCAGGGAGCGGCAAUGACGUCGGCAGGGCUGGGGCGGCAGGGAAGAGGCCUCGUCGGGAGGAGACUCACGUCUGCGAGAAAUGCUGUGCAGAGUUCUUCAGCCUCCCCGAGUUCUUGGAACACAAGAAAAGUUGCACUAAAAAUCCCCCCGUCCUCAUCAUGCACGACAGCGAGGGGCCGGUGCCUUCAGAAGACUUCUCCGGGGCGGUGCUGGGCCACCAGCCGCACAGCCCAAGCAGCCAGGACGGUCCCAGGGAGGAUGGCGGCUGCCCGGGGGACACGAAGGAGAAGCUGGGGGCCGAGUCCGUCGUGUUCUUGAAGACUGAGACGGCCCCGCCGCCCGCGUCCCAGGACGUGAGCUGUCUGCCCAAAGCCAAGGUGGCCAGUGCCAACGUCACCCUCCAGGCCCUGCGGGGCACCAGGGUGGCCGUGAAUCAGCGGAGCGUCGAGGCGCCACCGGCCCCCGUGCCCGGUGCCAGCGGCAUCCCGUGGGUCCUCGAGCAGAUCCUGUGCCUCCAACAGCAGCAGCUCCAGCAGAUCCAGCUCACGGAGCAGAUCCGCGUCCAGGUGAACACGUGGGCCUCCCACGCCCUCCACUCCGGCGCGGCGGGAGCCGACACCCUCAAGACCUUGGGCAGCCACGUGUCCCAGCAGGUGUCUGCGGCCGUGGCCUUGCUGGGCCAGAAAGCUGCAGGCCAGGGCCUGGCUCUGGACGCCUUGAAGCAGGCCAGGCUACCUCACGCGCACGUCCCCGCCACGAGCGGCUCCGUGUCCCGGGGGCCGGCGCCCUUCGCCCUGAAGCCGGACGGGACGAGGGUCCUGCCCAACGUCGUGUCGCGCCUUCCCGGCGCCCUGCUACCUCAGGCCCCCGGCUCUGUGCUCUUCCCGAGCCCUUUCUCCGCCGUGGCGUUAGACCCGUCCAAGAAGGGGAAGGGGAAGCCACCGCACGCGUCCCCGGUGGAGGUCAGACCCAAAGACGAGGCCGUCCUCUGCAAGCACAAGUGUAAGUACUGUAGCAAGGUUUUUGGGACCGAUAGCUCCUUGCAGAUCCACCUGCGCUCCCACACCGGCGAGAGACCCUUCGUGUGCUCUGUCUGCGGCCACCGCUUCACCACCAAGGGCAACCUCAAGGUGCACUUUCAUCGACAUCCGCAGGUGAAGGCGAACCCCCAGCUGUUUGCCGAGUUCCACGACAAAAUGGUGGCGGGCAAUGGCGUCCCCCGUGCGCUCUCUGCGCCGGUCCCCGUGGACGACUCGAGCCUCUCGUUGGACAGCAAACCCGUCCUCGUGACCGGGACCCCCAGUGCAGGGCUCCCUCAGAAUCUCUGUGCGGGGACUAACCCCCAGGACCUCGCGGGCGGCCCCCCGCCCGGCGACCUGCAGCCCGGGCCUUCUCCAGAGAGCGGGGAUGGCUCCCUGCUGCUCCCCGGGCUGGGGCCACACCACAGUUCCCCCAGGGCCGGUGGCUUCCAAGGGAGCGGGACGCCCGAGCCGGGGUCGGAGACCCGGAAACUGCAGCAGCUGGUGGAGAACAUCGACAAGGCCACCGCCGAGCCCAACGAGUGUCUCAUCUGCCACCGGGUCCUGAGCUGCCAGAGCUCCCUCAAGAUGCAUUACCGCACCCACACCGGGGAGAGGCCGUUCCAGUGCAAGGUCUGCGGUCGGGCCUUCUCCACCAAGGGCAACCUGAAGACGCACCUCGGGGUGCACCGGACCAACACGGCCGCAAAGACGCAGCAUUCGUGCCCCAUCUGCCAGAAGAAGUUCACCAACGCCGUCCUGCUGCAGCAGCACAUCCGGAUGCACAUGGGCGGCCAGAUUCCCAACACGCCGCUGCCCGAGAACCCCUGUGACUUCGCGGGCCCCGAGCCAGUGAUGGUCAGCGAAGACGGCGGUGCGGGGGCCGUCUGCCACGACGAUCGUAUCGAAGGCAUCGACGUCGACGAGCUCGGCCCCCGGGAGGCCCCCGGGAGCUCCUUGAAGGUCCCGCUGCCCCUCCCCAGCGGGCAGGCCGCGUGCCCCUCCCCGGGGUUCGCCGUGACGGCUGCUUCCCUAGACGCCCCCGGGAAGGCGGGUCCCGCUCCUCUCGUCCUGCAGCGGCAAAGCAGCAGAGAAAACGGUUCGGUGGAGAGUGACGGCUUGACCAACGACUCGUCCUCCUCGGUGAUGGGAGACCAGGAGUACCAGAGCCGAAGUCCGGACGUCCUGGAGACCACGUCCUUCCAGGCGCUGUCCCCCGCCAAUAGCCAGGCAGAAAGCAUCAAGUCCAGAUCUCCCGAUGCCGGUGGCAAAGCAGACAGCGCCGAGAACAGCCGCGCUGAGAUGGAAGGUCGUAGCAGCCUGCCAUCAACAUUUAUCCGCGCCCAGCCAGCCUAUGUGAAAGUCGAAGUCCCUGGCGCGUUUGUUGGACCUGCGACCGUGUCCCCAGGCAUGACUCCUCUGCUGGUGGCCCAGCCACGCCGGCAGGCCAAACAGCACGGCUGUGCACGGUGCGGGAAGAACUUCUCCUCGGCGAGCGCCCUUCAGAUUCACGAGAGGACUCACACUGGGGAGAAGCCUUUCGUGUGUAACAUAUGUGGGCGUGCCUUUACCACCAAAGGCAACCUGAAGGUCCACUACAUGACGCACGGAGCCAACAACAGUUCUGCACGCCGAGGGAGGAAGCUGGCCAUCGAGAACACCAUGGCUCUGUUAGGAACUGAUGGGAAGAGAGUUCCCGAGAUGUUUCCCAAGGAAAUCCUGGCCCCUUCGGUGAGCGUGGACCCCAUCGUGUGGAACCAGUACACCACCAUGCUCAAUGGAGGUCUGGCCAUGAAGACCAACGAAAUCUCCGUGAUCCAGAGUGGCGGCAUCCCCGCGCUCCCAGUUUCCCUGGGGGCUAGCUCCAUUGUGAACAACACCACUAUCUCCAAGAUGGACGGCUCCCAGUCUGCCCUCGGUGCCGAAGUGGAAAAACCGGGUGCUGCUGACGGUGUCCCCAAACACCAGUUCCCUCACUUCCUGGAAGAAAACAAGAUUGCAGUCAGCUAAGCUCCCUGGAGGGAUCCCUGGUUGAGGGAGAAAUGCAGAGGCAGAAUGACCUCCCCAACUAUACUUCCCCCCCCCCCUCCUUUUUAAAAGAACCCAUCCCCUCCUGUUUGUUUUCUUACUGAUGUGCAAAUGAUGUUUACAGUGUGAGAUCACAACCUCAGGCAAAUCCUACAAUCAGAUGUUAUGCUGCUUUGCAAAAAAAAAAAAAUUGAAAAAAAAAUUGAAAAAAGAAAAAUCGAAAAAAGAAAAAAUUGAAAAACAAAAAAAAAACUAAAAAAGAAAAAAUGCAUACUAAAACAAAAACAGACUAGAAUUUUUUUUUUUUUUUAAUUUUGGAAAGAAGCGGGUCUUGCAAAGUAGCUUUGUUACUUGCGACAAACUGUAUACAUAAAACCUUUGUACAACCUAGAGUAACUAUUUCCAAAGACGAUCCCCUUGUUUCAAGUUGGAACUUACUGAACCACAGUGGAAAAGGCAACUGUUAGCCUAAUUGUGGGGGGUGCUGUAUACUUCCCCAGUGACUGUCUGUAUGCGGGUACACGGACAAGAUCUGGCAUCUGUUUAGGGACCUGUUUUGUAUAACCCCCAACCCUGCACCCAUCCUUUGUUUUUUUUCCCUGAAUGUACUUUUUUUUUUUUCUUUUUAACUAAGGUUGUCAAACGAAUUCCAAAAUUCCUUCAACCUUGGAACCUUAAAUAGAAUGCCCUCAAAUGGACUGAUUUUUGUCCUUAGGGAGUCAAUGCGUGUUGCUGCUUAUUUAAAUACAGUUCAGUUGGAACCCCGAGAGUGCCAAUGUACUCCCUAUGCUUUGCAAAUGCCUCCUUCCUGAACCAGCAGGAGAGGUGGCCUUCGCAGGGACCCUCAGGUGACUUAUUUUGGUUCGCCAGUGCCUACUCUGUGGAACGGGGUUUCCAUUCUUUAAGAAACUCAUGGAAGGGCAUGUUUCUUAUAGGUACACAUACUAAUUUGUACAAAAAUGUCCUUGGUGCAACUUAAAUGCCAAGUAAUUGUGAAGAUUGUUUUUGAGUAUUGCAUGAAGGCUACGAACAGGCAAGUCAUGGGUGUGAAAGCUUUAAUUUAUCUACCUCAUUUAUUUUUAUUUUUGUAGCCAUAGUCUCUAUUUUCCUAUUUUAUGACCGCUGAAGUGUUCUGACGCCCUGUCUUCAACCUGAGUUGAUGUAUGGUGGGAGUGACUGGACAUUUAAGAUUCUCUUUAUGGUUCUUUGUUGUAAACUCCCCCUCCCCCUGUUUGUAUAUGUAAUAUGAAGCAAAUGAGGGCACAUUGCUCUAAUGGUGUAACAAGGAAGGAGAAAGAAAGACCUUAAUUUCUGAGUGGAGAAGUCUCCUUCAUGUGGAAAAGUAGAUCAAGACUGUUAUCAAAAGUUUGUGUUAUUGCACCUGACUUUAGGAUCCAAAAAAAAAAAUUUUUUUUUUUUUUUUUUUUUUUGUUGCCACAUUGUGCCUUUCUUCCUGGAAUUGUAAGUGGGACACAAUAACUUGUACCUGUUUACACUGUGAAGUGGAUAUUGUGACAGAGAACACCAGAGGCUUUCUUACUGUCAAGCAAACAAUGCCUUGUGAAUGUAUGAUCUAUGGAGAAAC